AUGGCUCACGUGUGCAGCGUGCUAGCUGCUGUUGUUGCUGUGCGUAGUUUGGGGAAGCAGCUGGUGUUUCGCUCGCACGAGGAUGCAUUUUGUUAUAGCGAGCAGCGGUUCCGCGUACUUUUCAGACUUCCCAAAGAGGGACCAUAUGCACUCUGCGAAGAGCUCAGGGACGUCCUCAGACCUCGAACGUCACGGCGAACAGCAUUCACCGUCGAGACCAAGGUGCUUGCUGCCCUCCGGUUUUACGCCACUGGUAUCUACCAGCGGAGCAUUGCUCAGGAUAUGGCUGUUGCCAUUUAUCAGUCUGCAGUCAGCCGGUGCAUAUCAGCUGUCAGCAAGCCCAUAGCUGCAAAGCUACUACAAGGAUACUGCGCCUUUCCCCGGACAGAAGAGGAGCUGGUACACAUAAAAAAGAGGUUUGCCGCAAUGAGUGGAAUGCCAGGCUGUAUCGGGGCCAUUGACUGCACACAUAUUGCAAUCAUUGCACCGUCUGCACCAACAUAUAGGGAAGCGGUGUAUGUCAACCGUAAGGGGUACCACUCCCUGAAUGUGCAGAUGGUGUGUGAUGCAGACCUUUUCAUAACCAUUGUCAAUGCUAGGUACCCUGGUUCCACAUAUGACUCUUUCAUCUGGCGCAAAUCUACACUUCACGAUCUACUCCAGGGGGACACGUGUCCCUUGGGGACAGUGGUUAUCCUCUGGAACCUUGGAUUUUGA